UAAACCAAUAGUUGUAUUUAAUAUGAAAGGAGAUUAAUCGCAAUAAGAAUGCUGAUGUACAAAAUACUAAAGUUGUUGCUUCUAUGUGUGUUGUGCAAUACCGUGCAAAAUGCUCGAAUUUUGGGUAUAUUUCCUAUGGUAGCCAGAAGUCAUUAUAUUUUGGGCAACGCUUUGAUGAGAGGAUUGGCAGAGGCGGGUCACAAUGUGACCGUGAUCAGUCCUUAUGAAGAAAAAAAUCCACCUAAUGGUGGUAGUUAUAAGGAGGUUGUAUUGACUGGGUUUAAAGAGGAAUUUGAAAAAAUUAUGCAAGUUAUGAAUCUCUUCGACAAUAAGAACCAGAGUACAUUCGCAACAAUGUCCAAAUUUUUAGGCAUAAUCUCAAAAUUGAACGACGACUUUUUUGCUCACGCAAAUGUUCAGAUGCUUUUAAAAUCUGAUGAAAAGUUUGAUGUUGUAAUAGUUGAGCAGUUCUUAAAUGACGCGAUAAAGGUCCUGGGCCACAUUUACAACGUUCCCGUAAUUGCUUUAAGUACGCUAGGUCCUAAUCCGUGGGUAAAUAAUAUCGUUGGAAAUCCAUCGCCAUUAUCUUAUAUCCCACAACCAAUUUCGUCUGUCUCAUCACUGGAUAUGUCUUUCACAGAAAGGCUUUCAAACCUGUUUUCAUAUUUAAUGUUCGCAGCAAUGGACAAAUUUAUUCUUUUUCCCGAUCAAAGCAGAAUUUUGAAAAAACACUUUCCUGAUGCACCAGACCUUUCUGAUCUCUAUUACAACGUCUCAUUGAUUUUAUUAAAUUCACACGAAAGUUUGAACCAACCCGUUCCUUUUGUGCCCAAUAUGGUUCAUAUAGGUGGUUACCAUGUCACACCUCCCAAAAAACUACCAAAGGAUCUGCAAGAAUAUCUCGACAAUGCUGAAGAAGGUGUGGUGUAUUUCAGUUUGGGAUCCAAUCUGAAAAGCAAAGAUCUGCCUCCGAACAAAAGAAACGCCUUCUUAAAGGCCUUUAGCAAACUUAAGCAGAAAGUCUUGUGGAAAUGGGAAGUAGACGAUUUACCUGGAAAACCUCCUAAUGUUAAAUUAGGCAAAUGGCUUCCCCAGCAGGAUAUAUUAGCUCAUCCAAAUGUCAAGUUAUUUAUAACCCAUAACGGUCUACUUAGUACAACUGAGGCUAUUUAUCACGGUGUACCCAUAUUGGGAAUUCCAGUUUUUGCAGAUCAACACAUCAACGCAAGAAUGGCCACUCUUGGUGGAUAUGCUCUUUCUUUGCCAUACGAAGAUCCCACAUUUUCAGAAGAAAAAAUAUCGAAAAUGUUAGAGGAACUACUCACUAAUUCCAAGUAUAGAGAAAACGUGAGGAAAAGAUCGCAGAUGUUUCACGAUAGACCACUAAAACCCAUGGACGUAGCUGUCUAUUGGGUGGAAUAUGUCAUAAGGACUGAGGGGGCUCCUCAUCUUAGAGUGGCUGGAGCUAAUUUCUCAUGGUUUAAAUACCAUUCUUUGGACGUUAUUAGUUUUGUAAUCGUAGUAUUCUCCUUAGUUAUUUAUGUAUCAUAUGCCGGAAUUAGAAAGAUUUUGAUGAGUAUAUGCAGUAAAGCGAAAAUUAAAUCCAAAAUGUUGAUUAACAAAAUGUUAACGUUAACUCUACUCUACGCGUUGUGCUGUACAGCGAAUAGUGCUCGUAUUUUAGGUAUAUUCCCAACUACCAUUCCAAGUCAUUAUAUUUUGGGUCGUGCUUUGAUGAAAGGAUUGGCUGAGGAGGGCCACAACGUUACUAUGAUUAGCCCGUUUGAAGACAAAAAUCCACCCAAAAGGGGUAGCUAUAAAGAUGUGGUCUUAACUGGGUUCGUAGAAGAAUUUGAGACAUUGAAACAUGUUUUGAAUCUCAUGCAAAAUAAGAACCAGAGUAUGCUCGCUUCAAUGAGUCAGUUUUUUAAUGUCAUGUCGGAAUUAAACGACAAGUUUUUCGCACACGAAAAUGUACAAAAUCUUCUAAAAUCAGACGAAGAAUUUGAUGUUGUAAUAGUUGAACAAUUCCUAAAUGAAGUCAUGAAGAUCUUCGGCCACAUCUACAAAAUUCCUGUAAUUGUUUUUAGUACAAUGGGCCCUACUCCAUGGACAAAUAAUAUUGCUGGAAAUCCAUCACCGCUAUCUUACGUUUCAUUUUUACCAGAUGUUAAUUAUCCAUAUAUGUCCUUUACUGACAGGCUGUUAAAUCUGUUUUCAUAUUUAAUGCUCCAAGCUAUCGACCGGCUAGUAUAUUUUCCUGAUCAAAACAGAAUUCUGAAAAAACAUUUUCCUGAUGCUCCAGACAUUUAUGACGUGUUCUACAAUGUAUCGUUGGUUUUAUUAAACUCUCACGAAAGUUUAAACCAACCUGUCCCUUCUGUGCCCAAUAUGGUUCAAAUUGGUGGUUAUCAUGUCAACCCCCCUAAAAAGUUACCAAAGGAUCUACAGGAAUAUCUCGACAAUGCUAAAGAAGGCGUUGUGUAUUUCAGUUUAGGGUCUAAUUUGAAAAGCAAAAGCCUUAAUCCUUACAGGAGAGAUGCAAUAUUAAAGGCAUUUGGAAAACUUAAAGCGAAAGUGUUAUGGAAGUGGGAGGCGGAUGAUCUACCCGGAAAACCUCCUAAUGUUAAAUUAGCCAAAUGGAUACCUCAGCAGGACAUACUAGCACAUCCAAAUGUGAAAUUGUUCAUAACCCAUAGCGGACUUCUGAGUAUAACAGAGACGGUUUAUCACGGUGUACCUGUACUGGGAAUCCCAGUUUUUGCAGACCAACAUCUCAACGCAAAACUAGCCACUCACAAUGGAUUCGCCCUCUAUUUACCCAUGGAAGAUCCCUCAUUUUCGGAGGAAAAACUAUCACAAUAUUUACAGGAGCUGCUCACUAAUCCGAAAUACACGGAAAACGUGAAGAAAAGAUCACAAUUAUUUCAUGAUAGACCACAGAAGCCUAUGGACGCAGCUGCUUACUGGGUAGAAUACGUCAUAAGAACAAGGGGGGCUCCUCAUCUUAAAGUGGCUGGAAUCAAAUUCUCGUGGUAUAAAUACCACUUGCUAGAUGUGAUUAGUUUUGUAGUUGUAAUAACUUCACUAGUUAUAUAUCUACUAUACAUUGGUGUUAGAACGAUGUUGAGGUACUGGGGUACCUUUGGUAAAGGGAAAGUCAAAUCUAAAACGGAAUAGAUAUGUAUAGAUAUAUAAAUUUAAAUUUGUUGAUUUUAUUAAGUAAUCAUAGAAAUAUUGUGUUAUUUAAACAGAGUUCUGUAGUUUAUUAAACUGAUUUGUGAUUUUAGAUCGACUAUUUAUCUAAUUUGCAAACAACGUUAUAUUUAUUUUAAACGUGAUAUGUAUUUUUCCGAAUAAAAGCCUUUAU